AAACAAGAGAUACCUUAUCCAUUCUUUCCUAAUAAGGGUAGGAAAACCAAGAACACCUAUAUAUAAACCCCAUAAGCAGCAACAAAAUGCGUCAAUCAUCUGUUCUCUCUCUCUCAAUACUCGGUGGGUUUUAGUGAGCUUCCAAGAUGUCUGUCAGGGGAAGAAUUGAUGUCAACUUAAAUUCUACAAGCAUGUUGUUCAAUCCCAUGCAGCUACCUUUCUUGGGGUUUCAUGAGGUGGCAGAGGUGGGAAUUGCCCUUGAAGACUUAAAUGAUGAAGACUUGAUUGAUGAAGAUCCCAUUGAUCUGAUGAUGAUACUGGACCAAAUACUCCAAGAAGUGGUUCCAAGAGGUGCAUCGAUGUCCGCACUAAACAAGUUAAAGGAGCGGACGUUUUUUGAGAAGAAGGGCGAUGAUGGUGAUGAAUUAUCAGGCGAUUGUGUGAUUUGUUUGGAGGGAUUAUCUGGUAGUCAGGUCGCGCUCACAAAGAUGAAAUGCAAUCAUAUAUUUCAUGAAGAGUGCAUCACUCGUUGGUUGAAGGUUCAGAAUUCAUGCCCAACAUGUCGACGGGAACUUGAGGAUUGA